CCUGCCAACCUAUCAUUUUAUGCAGAAGAAAUGGCGUCAAGUCCCGAUAAGAAAGUAAAACCCGGUGGUAAGGGUGGAAAAACAUCAAUUUUUGGAUCAAACACUAACAAAUCUUACGGACGUUCAUAUGGAAGUACACGGACUUCAAUUGCUACACAAGAAACUUACAUUAAGCAUACGGUUUCUCCCGGGGACACCCUGCAAGGAAUAGCGUUAAAGUACGGGACAACGGUUCAGCACAUUAAACGGGUGAAUAAGCUUUACACAAAUGACAGUAUUUUUCUUAGGCCAACAUUGAACGUUCCUGUAGGUGAUGUACCGCUACCGGCUCAUGUCUUACAAACAGCCACCGCAGACACGAAUGGUAGCCAUGCCUGCAGCAAAUCACAUGAAGGUACAGACGAUGAAAAAGAAGAUGAUGCAAGCAACGAGACCAAAGAGAACGUCAUCAAAGACAACCCAAUGGAUUUCUUGAACCGCAUUGACCAGCAGCUGCAACAGCACACAAGUAGUUUCAAGAAAAUAGAAGAAACAUCAAGUAUUGGGCAAAUCCAUGAUCUACCAGGAAUUACAAUAUCUCACAAAUCACCUAACAUCUCAUCCAGGAUUUCAGCAACACCUGGAUUGAACGACAGCUACCAACUUGCCGGAGUCACAGUUAAUACCCCAGAAACUAUAUCUGAUGUUCCCUACGAGAGUAAAUCAACUAGUCUUGUAUGACGCAAAGUGUCUGUGGUGAGGAUUUGAAAAUAGUCAAUGUCUAUACAAGUUUAUUCAGUUUAUUUUACUGUAUACAUAUUUUAUUUUUGUUUUGAUUCAAUGCAUAUUCUAUUCCUGUCGGUAUAACAAUUAGGAAUUGCAGUUAUCCACCAUUAAGGUGUUUUGUACUGUAACAUAAAAAUGUCGGAUUUAUAAAGCACACAUGCCAACAAUGACUAUAUUUGCUCCACAUUACAGUAUUACCUUGGUCACUCUAUCCAGCUCACAUACACAUACUAGCUCCCUUGAAAAAAAUGCCAUAAUAUUGUGGCUUGUAAUAAGCACAUUGGUGUUUUAACCUACCGAGUAACCUCAAACAAUUUAAGGGGUGUUUAUCUUGGAAUGUAAUGUGUUUUUUGAGAGCCGAUAAAUCGCAGUAAUAAUUUUAAACAAAAAUAUGACCUAGAACGAACAUACAAUACUGUAUUUGUUGUUUCAGCAAGAAUUUAUAUACCUAACCUUGUUUUGCAUACCCAUCACCAACCGAAAAUGGUGAUUUUUAAAUAAAAAUAAAAUUCUAUUUUCUCCUGUUUAACACACAUGCCUCUGUGAAAUAUUGGAUAUUUCAGAAAAAAAUUAUAAUUUUUUAAAAUUUUACCCGCUGACAGUCUCCAUGAAUCUGAGACCUGACUUGGUGUUAUUUUGAUGUUAAAUUAUAUUAAAAUUCUAAUCUGUUUACAGUUCAUGAUUUAAAAAUACAGCAUUAUCAAUCCAAGACUAAAUUUUUAACAGUCGAAAAAAUAUUUGCAACGUUUAUAAUAUGACCAUGCAACAGGAACAUAAAAAAUUAAACAUGCGAUUAGUUAUUUUUGUCUAAAUUAUUCCAUCCAUGUCAAAAGUUCUAAUAUAAAUAAUGGAACACAUUGUACAAGGUUAAACAUUUUAAAAGAAAAUCAUUUUAAAACAUGUUGAUAUAAUGUAGUAAUUGAAUUCCUUAUAAUAAUUUUGUAUGUACUAUAUUGUAUACAGAAUAAUAAUUAAACAGAAAGAUAUUUAUUCAGAAGCAUAAUAAAAGUUAGAAUAAUGCAUGAUGGCAAAUACUAGUACGACAUGACAAUAAGCCGAUUCGUAGAUUGCCUGUAUGGAAGUCAGUUGACAUAAGUCCUUGAAUUAGUGUUGCUCUCUAAUAAGCGCUGCACCAAACAUGAUUUUUUUUUUUCAAGAAGUGCCGCAGCACUUAAUCGAGAGUACAUCCUGUGUGUAAUUAAACACUUUGAGAAACAGUGUUUUAAAUACAAUGUAUAUAGUGUUCAAAUGAAUAAAUAAAUCAAUGAAGACACAAGCAUAUCUUUAUAAACGUUUCUUUACGAUGAUGUAAGGUCUAUGAUACAUUAUAGGAAUGGGCAAGGAAAGUGCCAUGCCAAUAUAUUUUUAAUAAGCGCCAUUCUCGAAUAAGGGCUGCUCUUGGAUAAGAGCUGCUUUCGAAUACGCACUACACUAAAACCUCCAAAAAUGUUAUAAGCUCUGUGGUGCUUAUUUCAUUUUAUAGAUUUAUAGUAUUGCCAUGCUCAGUUCAAACAACAAAUGGCUUAUUAGAUUGAACCUUAAAGUCAAAGGUCAAACUGAAUGUGAUUUGGUGUUAUUGAUCUAUAUAACAUCAUGAUAGUGAUUAAAUGCAAUUUAUAAUAAUUGUAAAUGCUGAAUAACAGUAAUAGUACUGUAUCUUGUAUUUUAGUGUUCAAUAUUUAAAAGUAAAAUUCACUUUCUCCAUCGGUAAGCAGGUAAACAUUUACAAACAUUACAAUACAAACUCUUGUUGAUCAACUUCAUUGGCUUGUACCUUGUAAACGAUAAUAUUUAUGCUUUAUUUGUAUCGAGUGUAUUACAGUAAACACUCCUGUUUUAAUGCGUUGAUGAUGUGCAAGGUAAAUUCUUUUAUUUUCAGUAAUGUCAGGACUCAAAGAUAAGAUAAUCUACUGUAUUUGCUUUGGCAUUUGGUGUAUAAAUGUGGGUAUGGGGUGUGUCUUGAUAAUGCCUAAUACUGUAUUGAUGUCAGCUCAGCAAUACAGUAUACUGUACUGUAUUAUAUUAUUAUUUUUAUUAUUAUUAUUAUUAUUAAUUGUUAUUAUUAUUAUAAUCAUCAUUAUUAUUAUUUUAUUAUUAUUAUAUUUGUUAAUGCUAAAAUUCAAUAAUUUGAUAUACUGUAUUUGUGUUGGUGCUGCAUUGUAGAGAUGUCAAGUAUUCCAUUGGUACUGCAAACCAAAUACUCACUUUAAAUUUUAGUCUUGCUUCACCCCAGCAGCUUCGGAUCAUGAAAUACAUGUAGCUUUAAACAGGGUUUGAACAUACAAUAAUGUAGGAACAAAAUAACAUCAAAUAAACAGGGUUUCAACAUACAAUAAUGUAGGAACAAAAUAACAUCAAAUAAACAGGGUUUCAACAUACAAUAAUGUAGGAACAAAAUAACGUCAUUCCAUAGAAAGUGGCUCUAUCAUAAAGUAAUUAGCACCUAAUACAGGUUUAGCAGUAAUUACCACCACAGCAGGCUUGAUCCUUUAAUUCACCUUAAUUUCUUAUAUAGCAACAGUGCAAUUAUUUAAGAAUUUUAACUUUGAAAAACGGAGAAAAUAUACUGUACAUCGAGGCAUUGAAAAUGAAAAUGUUGUUUUUUUGUUUUUGUUUUUUUUUAAAACUUGCAGCAACAAUUAAAAAAGAUUUAAAUAUAGACAUUUUGAUUAAUGAGUUUAUAUAGACAUUGUCUUGAUAGUUUAUAUAUGGUAGUAAACACUUAACUGAUGAGUUAUAUACAUUUAUGCCAAUGAAUAUACAGACAUUUAGACUGAUGCAUUAAUACUUAGGCUGAUGGCACAUUUACUUCACGAUUGGCUAUGUGUAUCACAACGCUCAUGAUUGGUGCUUCAGUCUAGGCCUAGCAAUAAUUAUUAGUAAUGUAAGAGCUGAAUGGUAGAUAAGAGUAUUGUGUUGUCUGUGUGAAGAUUAUUCGAAUAGUUAAAUAGUUAGUGGUAGAAUGCGUCACAUGAAAAAUAUUGAUGGUAGAUAUUUUUCCGAUGUUCAAAAAGGGUCGAAAAAUUUGCUGUCAGGGUGGGUCAAAUGGUCAGUUACAGGGUAAAGGAAGAAUAAUUUGCUUAAAGGGUAAAGAUUAUUCACAUAUUCAAGUGUGGCAGGGAAAUAUUUUGUUGUCAUCGUGUAGAUUGUGGUAAAUUGUAGUGGAUGGAAAUGAGUGGAUAAUUUGCUGUUUGUGGUGGAGAUUAUUAAAUUUGUCAAGCAAAUGGGAAGAGGGAAUUAAUUUGCAGUUUCGGCAGAAAUUUUACAGUAUUCAAGAGUGUGAAGAAUAUGUUAAAAGGGGCAAGAAAAAUCAAUGUUGAAUAGAAGGGGAUAGUCUGUUAACAAGUUUGAAAUUUUAUUUUUAGUGAUAGGGAUUGAAUGGAAAGAGAUAUUAUAUUGCUGUGUGAUUUAUGUAUUUUUUAUAUUAAUUGUGCAAUGUAAUUAUAUUGUUAUUUUUAUUUAUAUAUUUUUUUUCCAAUUAAUGAUACUGCAUUGAAAGAGUUGUUUUCACCCACCUCUUCAAUUUUUUUCUUAUAAUCAAAGAUUAUUUUUGUCAAUAUAUCAGAGUUUUGUGUGUAUUCAUUUAUUUUUGUGUAAAAAUUAAACCAUUGAUUUUAUGAUUUAAUCAUUGUAAAAAUCAAGUGAAGAGCAAGUAACUAUUGAUAGGCUUAAACAAUAAAAGUGUAUACAGUAAUUAUUUUUGUUGUUAAAAAAAUGUAUCCUUAUUUGACCAUGUAAAAAGAUGGUUGGUUCUCCAUUUUUGUUAUCCCCCAACAAUUUUGAGUAUGGAAGAGAGGGAGGUGUUUAUUCAACCCUAAAUUAAUCAGGAAACAAUCGGGCACAGCUAUGUACCUAUCUUGCAAUGCACUCGUGUCUACUGGGCUUUUUCUGAAGUAGGGAGGGGAUGACCAAACAUUUUACAGUUUCUACGUGGUUUUUAUUUUAGAAAUUAUAGUCAACGAAGUGGUGUUAACAUACAACGUAAUACAGAUUAGAGAUAGGAAUAUCAUUUAUGAAUAAGUGGGCUGUCAAGCUAAAUUGAUUUAAUCAAUAUUGCAGUAAUCUGUUAAUGUCAAAGAUUAAAUACUGAAUGACUUUCGUAUCUGUGAAUCAUUCAUAUGAUUGCUUUCUUCAGUAUGGUAGUAAGCUUUAUGGUCUAGAAUUAAGAAAUAUCAUUAGGUAAAAUACAAGAUGCAGUAAAUGCCGUACUUAUAUGAGAAUACAAUUAUUGUUUAUUGAUUUUUCAGUUGGUAGUACUUGAUAAUACCAGUAGUAUUCAGCAUUUAUAAACAGUGUUAUACAUGUCUUGUAAUUUAGUUUAGUAAACUGUUUGUCGCCCCAAACAUUUGAUUAAAUAUGCAUGAUAAUAUCAAUUAAUAAUUAUUAUUAUUUUGAAUUCAUAUUAUUAAGUGUUGUACUGUGUAAUACAAGUAGGCCUAUAUCAAAUCUGUUAACCAACUAAUUGUAUUAUACUAUACCUCUGUGAGUAUACCCUUGAUUAAUGCUUUCAUUGUUUUGUUUGUUUUACACUGAUAUAAAUAAAGAGUGUUACGGAAUUAUGGA